UUUUAUGUUAGUCAUUCUCAAUCGUUCAAUCAGUUAACAUGUAUCUGAUUUUGCUUGGCAUCUUCAUUGCUUGGCUGUUUUACAAGUGGUCAUCGAGUAAUCACAAUCACUUUUCAAAACAAGGACUGCCCAAUUUGGCACCACUGCCAGUGUUUGGUAAUGUUCUACCAUCUUUGUUGGGAAAAGAGUCUGCGGUUGAUUUGUUCACCAGGAGCUAUAACAAAUUCAAACAUUCAAAAAUCCAUGGAAUGUUCAGUUUCAAUCAGAUCUUGUACGUUGUAACAGACCCUGAAUUAGUCAAGCGUAUCACAAUCAAAGACUUUGAUCAUUUCGUCAAUCACAAUGAACUUCUGAGCAAGUUCGACCGAGUGUUCGGUAAGACUUUGUUCGGCAUGCAAGGGCAAUUAUGGAAAGACAUGAGAUCCACGCUGUCACCGAUUUUCACUAGUUCGAAAAUGAAAUCAAUGUACGACUUACUUUACCAUCACGUGCAGGACUUCAUCAGACAUUUUGAAUCGAAAGCGGGCAACGGAACGGUAGACAUUGAUGCAUUGGAAAUAUUCACACGAUUUACAGCUGAUGGCAUUGCGACAGCGGUCUUAGGUUUUGAGGGUGAUUGCGUAAAGAACGAAAACAGCGGCUUGUUUAAGCUGUGCAAGGGAAUCGUACAUGAAUUCACCAGCUCUCAAGCUAUUUUCAAGUUCGUUUUCGGCUUCUUUUCGACGAGAGCGUACAAAUUUUUCGACCUUCAACUGACCAGCAAGACAACAGCCGACUUUUUCAAACGCGCCGUUGUUGAUGUGAUGGCAGAAAGAGAACGGACAAAUGUGUCACGGCCGGAUGUGAUUCAAUUGAUGCUGAACGAAAAAAUCAAAAUUCGGAAUCAGGAAUUGAAGGGCGUUGAAUUGGACGGGCUGAAAACGAAUGUUAGGAAUCUUCAAGAAAUUGUUGACGAUGAUGAGUACUGGCUUGCGCAGGGUUUCAUUUUCUUUUUCGGCGGCUUUGAUACCACGUCCAACUUACUGCAAUCGAUUACAUACGAACUGGCAAUGAAUCCAGAUGUUCAGGAAGAGUUAUAUCGAGAAAUUAACGAGGUUAAUGCGUCAAUAGCAAACAGACCCGUCACCUAUGACCUUCUACAUGGCAUGAAAUUCCUUGACAUGGUGAUCUCGGAGGCCUUACGCAAACAUCCACCAUUCGUUCAAAUGGACAGAACUUGUUCCAAGGAUUAUGACUUGGAUUUGGGAAAUGGAAAAACCGUUUCGAUCAAGAAAGGUGAAUUGAUCAUUUUCCCGUACUAUCAGUUGCAACGAGAUGCCGAAUAUUUUCCGAAUCCAGAGAAAUUCGAUCCGUAUCGAUUUAGUGACGAUAAUAAGGACUCAAUUGUGUCUGGUACCUAUUUACCAUUCGGACUGGGACCUCGGGCCUGUAUUGGCAGUCGUUUCGUUUUGAUGGAAGCGAAACUUUUGCUGUUCUACGUACUGGCUAAUUUUGAGAUUAAAAAGAGUGCCAGAACACCAGAGGUACUCACCUACGAGCCGAAUUUGGGUCAACGAAUUCUACAGAGAGUUUACCUUAACUUUAAUAAACGAUAGAAAACGAA